AUGUCUCCAUUUGAUAAUAUCUCAUUAUUAAUUUACGCUGCUAUCAUUUUUGUCGCAUUGGGUGGUAAUUUGCUAGUAUGUAUUGCUAUAUUAUAUGAUCGGAAUUUACGACGACAACAUGAAAACUUGUUCCUGGUCUCUCUUGCUGUAUCUGAUCUUUUAGUAUCUGUGCUAGUAAUGUCAUUUGCGGCAGCGAACGAUAUACUAGGAUAUUGGCCUUUUGGUCGCUUAUACUGUCAGCUUUGGAUAUGUUUUGAUAUUACCUGUACUACAGCAUCAAUCCUUAAUCUUUGUGCAAUUGCCUUACAUCGAUUCUUGUAUAUCAGUCGACCUCUUGUCUAUGUCAGAAGACGAAAGAUAUGCAUUGUAAUAAUAUUUGUUUGGUUAAUAUCGGCUAGUAUUGGUUGCACGCAAAUAAUUUUGGAAUUAGCACAACGUCAUGAAGAAAGUAAUAAAGCAAAUGAAAGCACUUACAUUAAUUAUGACAGCUCUCAAUUGAUAUGUGAACUACGACUCAAGCCAUUAUAUGCUCUAGGCAGUUCAAUGUGUAGCUUUUUUACUCCAGCAACAAUGAUGGUACUACUUUAUACUCGUUUAUACCUAUUUGCUAGGAAGCAUGCAAAAUUAAUGCGCACUCAACUUGAGCAGACAUCCAACUUUGCCGUCAUACCUGUUACAGCAGAAACAAUUCAGCAGAAUGCAAGUACUGGAUUUAUGCAGAAAUUCAUUAUAUGUAAUUGCCAUCGAAAUGAUUCUGUAGUGUCAAAACGAGCGAAAUCUAAAAAUCUAUUAUCACAAGUUUCGGUAAAUGAUCAAAAAGCAAGGUUUACACUUGGAGUCAUAAUGGGUACAUUUUUAGUUUGUUGGCUACCGUUCUUUAUUGUGAAUGUGGUUCGUUCAUUUUCUCCUGGUUUGAUAUCUGAACCACAAUUUGAGGCUGUCACAUGGCUAGGUUAUGCUAAUUCCACAGCAAAUCCAAUCAUUUACACAAUUUUAAAUAGAGAUUUUCGAAUUACUUUCAAAAAAAUAUUAUUCGACAAUAUAUUGGGCUCAAGUCGAGUUGUUCUUCGUUUAGAAAAAUCAGGGGGGGGACACCAUUCGCUAACGGUUAAAUCUCUUAUGAACGAUAAAAGGACUUAUAAUAAUGCACCAUCAAAAUAA